AUGGAUAUAGGGUAUCAAAUGGCUUAUAGAGCUAAGAGGAGGGCAGUUAAGUUAGCUCAAGGGAGUCAUGAGGAUCAGUAUAAUCUGCUUGAGAGCUAUGCACAUGAAUUGAAAAAGAAAAACCCGGGUACCUCUGUAUGGAUUCAAACAGAGCUAGAUGGAGAUGUGACAAGGUUUAAGAGGAUUUAUAUCUGCUUGGAGCCUUUGAAGAUUGGUUGGAGGGCAAGUUGUAGGCCAAUCAUAGGGCUGGAUGGGUGUCACCUUAAGGCCAUGUUUGUUUCACAUAAUCUGGACAUUGGGAAAGGAAAGUCUUUCAUUUCCUGGUAUCAAAUGGCUUAUAGAGCUAAGAGGAGGGCAGUUAAGUUAGCUCAAGGGAGUCAUGAGGAUCAGUAUAAUCUGAUUGAGAGCUAUGCACGUGAAUUGAAAAAGAAAAACCCGGGUACCUCUGUAUGGAUUCAAACAGAGCUAGAUGGAGAUGUGACAAGGUUUAAGAGGAUUUAUAUCUGCUUAGAGCCUUUGAAGAUUGGUUGGAGGAAAGGUCUAGAGCAAGCUUUCAAGGACAUGUUCCCAUUCUCUGAACACAGACAUUGUGUUCAACACCUCCACAAUAAUUUCAAAGGUGAUGGCUUUGGUGGUUUGGAGCUGAAACAAAAAUUAUGGGCUGUUGCAAGAGCCUAUGCAAUGAGGCAGUAUGAGCAUGCAAUGGAAGAGCUGAAGAUAUCUUCUGUUGGGGCAUGGGGAUGGUGCAUGGAUAGACCAGCAAAACAUUGGUCUAAGUCACACUUUAAGGAUACAUUCAAGUGUGACAUACUUCUAAAUAACCACAGUGAGUCAUUUAAUAAGAGUCUGCUGCAAGCUAGGAAGAAGCCUAUUCUGGGGUGUUUGGAGGAUAUUAAGACAAGUGCAAUGGUUAGAGGAAGAGGAGUUGGUUGUGCAUCUGGUGUCAUUACUCAGCACUCAGUGCAAUUGGACAAGAAGAGCGGCAGUUUUAGAAGAUGGGAUGUCAGUGGAAUCCCUUGUGGUCAUGCCAUUGCAGCCAUUUAUUCAAAGGGCUGGUCACCAGAUGAGUUUGUAGAUGAUCAUUAUAGGAUGGAAAAAUACUUUAAGGCUUAUGAGCUAGUAAUCAACCCCAUUGCUGGUGUCAGUGAAUGGGAGAUCAUCCACAGGCCUAUUGCAGCACCCUUAUAUAGGGCACAACCUGGAAGGCCCAAACUGAAAAGAAACAAAGAGCCAGGAGAAGAACCACCACCUGCUGGGAAGGCUGAAAAUGAGCUGCCUACAGAAGAUGGUGCAAAUGUUCUGCCACCAGAAGAUGGUGCAAAUGUGCAGCAACAGCCUGAACAUGAAAAUGUUCAAGUCCCAGAUAAUGCAGAGACUUCAACCAAUAUUGUUCAUCAACCACAGCCACAAGAUUCCUCCAAUCCUGUAUUCUCAGGGAGGAGAUUCAAGUCACCAGCAAAAAGGAUCAAACCAGGAAAGAAGCCUGCAGAAGGUUCUACUUCUGCCACAAACUCUAGGACUGAUUCAAGAAAGCCCUCAUGGAAGUAUUGA